GUCUCUGCGGUGCGCAUACUUGCCGAUGUGCCCUGACGGUCGACCACGUGUUAAAUGGCGUUUGGAUCUGACCAGGCGCAGUGAGUUGAAUGGCGCUCCCAAGCCACGGAAACUACACAAAAGGCCAUUUUGGGCUGAUAUAUUCGACGAGGCUGUAGACAUUGAGCCUUUAGGCCCUCCCAGUCCACAAUUAACGGAGGAUGUAGUCAAGGGUGAACGUCGUUUGCGGUUAACUUUGAAACGAUCGAACAAUCAGAUGUGUGCUACUAUAGUUGAUGACGUUACACGACGCGUACAUUGCUUUAUUUCUACCAAUUUCAAGUAUCUGUCUAAUGUAUUUGGCCAGGAGCCUACCAAUAAUCCAAAUAUAAUGCGCAAUAAGGGCGGCACUGUGAAGGCUGCUUAUGAGCUUGGGAAACUGAUUGGACGUAAGGCCAGAUCAAAGGGUAUAUCGCGUGUUGUAUUUGACCGUGCUGGUUACCGGUACCAUGGCAGAGUCGAGGCUUUAGCGAUUGGUGCUCGCAAGGUUGGCUUAGAUUUUUGACACAUUUUGGUA